AUGUAUCAAAAUGUUUUUUCAGAUCUUCCGCGCAAUAAGAAGAAGCCUCUGGACUGGAAUACAAGGAUGAAAAUUGCAGCUGGUGCAGCUAAAGGACUAAAGUACUUGCACGAAAUAUCAAAUCCUCUUGCAGUUCAUGGGAAUAUCAAACCCUCCAACAUUCUCAUAGGCGAAGGAUAUGAACCCAAGCUGUCAGAUUUCCUCGUGCUCAAAGAAUGCAUUCCAGAACAUGAUGAGUCUAGCUAUGCAAGUUUCGGCUUAGUCUUGCUUGAACUGAUUUCAGGGCGCAUAGCCGAGAUGGAGCCUAGUCUCGUUGAAUGGGGAAAACAUAAAUUGGUGUUCGGUAAGGAAUUCACCGCAGUGGCUGAUCCGCUACUGAAUUGCCAUUAUCCAGAGCAAGGCUUGUACCAAGCUCUUUCUCUUGCAGCUGAGUGUUUACAACUUGAAGAUGCCAGUCGGCCUCGUAUAGGACAUGUUGUUAAUGUUCUAUCAAAUUUAGCUUCAGAAAUAUACGACCCAAAUGCUAUCCAAAUUAACCGAGCAGGCACAUUGGCAAUUGGCAGCGAUGAGAAGGAAAAACUAGGAGAGCUAUGGCAGCAUGUCUGUUUGUUUGGUUUACAAGAAUUUUUGCAUGAUCAAAUUCCUGAUAGGAAUUGCAUGUUUGGCAUUCAGAAGGACUUAGCGUGUCGGGUGAGUUGA